AUGGGUGUCAUAGAUGAUUAUGUCAUUGCUGAUCAGCUAACCGAAGAACAAAUUGCCGAAUUUAAAGAGGCAUUUUCAUUAUUUGACAAAGAUGGAGAUGGAACAAUAACAACGAAAGAAUUAGGUAAAGCUCUAUUAUUUGCCUGCACAGUUAUGAGAAGUUUAGGACAAAAUCCAACAGAAGCUGAAUUACAAGAUAUGAUUAAUGAAGUGGAUGCCGAUGGAAAUGGCACAAUUGAUUUUCCAGAAUUUUUAACUAUGAUGGCACGAAAAAUGAAAGAUACCGAUAGUGAAGAAGAAAUACGUGAGGCAUUCCGGGUGUUUGAUAAAGAUGGAAAUGGAUUUAUAUCUGCCGCCGAAUUGCGGCAUGUAAUGACAAAUUUGGGAGAAAAAUUAACUGACGAAGAGGUUGAUGAAAUGAUCAGAGAAGCAGAUAUUGAUGGAGAUGGACAAGUAAAUUAUGAAGGCAAGUACAAAAAAUUAUUCACUAAUGUUAAAAUGUUUAAUGAGUAUAAUACAUUCGGAGAAUAG